AAAAACAAAAAAAAGCAGAAACAACGGAACAAAGUGUAAAAUGGUGAUGUAAUGCCAUCUCGGUAUCUGUAUCUGUUCAGUGCUCAGAAUAUUCAUACCUGUAUUUGUAUUUAAACCCACAGUGGGCAUUAAAUCCUUCAGGGGGAAGAAACUCCCAGAAAACUCUUUAGUGUAAAUUCUGACCUCUGCUACAUCACUCAGGUUCACAUAUUUCUCUCAAAUAGUUAUAAAUAUUGUUUGUAUCAUGACUGUGUGUUUAGCUACUGUUGAGCAAAGCAAUCAGAAACUCGAGGGGUGUGCCCCCUGCAGGGCAGGUAAAAUACUGCAAGCAACUAAAAAAUAACAGUUAAAUCUAGCAAACUCCACAAAAGGAGAAAUAUGUCUAAAAAAACUAGUGUCAACUUUUAUAUGAGACUUUAAUCUGUACUGUGGAGUCUGACAUCACAAAUAACAUGUUUUGGUCUCUUGUUUAAAAUAGUUUACAAUUAAAAAAAAAGGUCUUUAAAUAUACAUCAAGUUAUAUAAAGUAACAGACACGGAAUGUGUUCAUUUUCAUUUACAUUAAAACACAGCAUUAUAUUAUAUGCACUUGCUUUCAGAUAGAUGUUAUUAAAUAUAGGUGGCUAAGCUGCCACUGCUGGGCCCCUGAGUAAGGCCCCUGACUAUGAACUGCUUACUGAGAUAAUGUAAUGUUGUGUAUAUUAGUAUCUUCAGUUCUGGAGGAGUGUGAAUAAUGUGUCAGGGUGAGAGAACAGCUCUCUCUGCUGGGUUCUUGUGCUUCGAGAUAAAUCUAGAACAAAUUCAGAAAAAGCUCAAUUUAUCAGAAAAAGGUAUCUGAUCCAAAGGAGUCAAAUAAUUGACUAAAGUGAGUAAAGUACGUGUAAGUGAAGGUUCUUGCUUGCUGCAUAGACAUUGUGAUAUUCCUCAGAUGUUCCGAUAUUAAUGAAUAGGAUUUGAAUGUCAGGUCGUGUGCACCUGCUAACGGACGUGAGAUGAUUGUGUUGUCGUUCAGAAGUGACGCGUAUAGAGAGCGGAUAUACAAAAUGUGAAUAAUCCUCUUAGAGUUAAAAAAAAUCCAUUGCGGUUUCCUUGUGCAUUUGAAUCUCCUGCGUGGGACAGAGUGGGAAUGGAACAGGAGGAACGCCGAGUCGGUCAGUCGAGCAGUUAAAGCUGAACUACAGGUGUGCUCUAUAGGUACUGUUGUGAAUGGCGGCUGUUUGUUUUGCUUGUUUUAAUACUGUAUAUAAAUUCUACACGCUGUCUGUUAUCUGCUGUAGCAUGUAGACGGAGGAAAGAACGUCGCUGGAUGAUGCGUACGCUCAUUUAUUCUGCAGAUAUCAAGAACAUCGCGUCGUAUCUCACUGACUCAUUUUUAACCUUCUCACCCGAGGUGAUAGGAAUUCAUGACGAUCCUCCUGCAUGUCAAAUUAACACCCUGUCGUUUUCUAAAACUUCCAUCUGAGAUCUUUAUACUGUACGUGGUUGCAUACAGACAUAUGAGUGACAGGUGUCAGGUUUACGUCGCUGGGUUGUGAUGUGAGAAACAUGGAAAGCAAAAGCACGUUGUUUUUCUUCACCUAGCACGAUCUCAUCAGUAUUUUAAGACUGUUAAAGGAGUGACAUCUGUUCGCCUUCGCACACCAACUUAAUUAACAGAUUUGCAUGAUGUGAGUCAUAGCAGCGCUUCAGCGUGAGGCUCCAAGGCUCCCCUGCCAUAUUACAUGGAUUUAUAUGCAGCUAGAAUGUGGAGAAAACUAGAGGAUGAGAAAUUCUUCUAAAGACUGGUAAAGGAGCAGCCAUCAUCCAACCAUUCCAACCAUAAAGGAGGUGCUGGAGAUUUUGAAGGUGCUGGAGGAGGUGCUGGAGAUUUUGAAGGUGCUAGAGGAGGUUCUGGAGAUUUUGAAGGUGCUAGAGGAGGUUCUGGAGAUUUUGAAUGUGCUAGAGGAGAUGCUGGAGAUUUUAAAGGUGCUGGAGGAGGUGCUGGAGAUUUUGAAGGUGCUGGAGGAGCUGCUGAAGAUUUUGAAGGUGAUGGAGGAGAUUCUGGAGAUUUUGAAUGUGCUAGAGGAGAUGCUGGAGAUUUUAAAGGUGCUGGAGGAGGUGCUGAAGAUUUUGAAGGUGCUGGAUGAAGUGCUAGAGAUUUUGAAGGUGCUGGAGGAGGUUCUGGAGAUUUUGAAUGUGCUAGAGGAGAUGCUGGAGAUUUUAAAGGUGCUGGAGGAGGUGCUGGAGAUUUUGAAGGUGCUGGAGGAGCUGCUGAAGAUUUUGAAGGUGUUGGAGGAGGUUCUGGAGAUUUUGAAUGUGCUAGAGGAGGUUCUGGAGAUUUUGAAUGUGCUAGAGGAGAUGCUGGAGAUUUUAAAGGUGCUGGAGGAGGUGCUAGAGAUUUUGAAGGUGCUGGAGGAGGUACCGGAGAUUUUGAAGGUGCUGGAGGAGCUGCUGAAGAUUUUGAAGGUGCUGAAGAAAGUACCGGAGAUUUUGAAGGUGCUGGAGGAGGUUCUGGAAAAUUUUGAAUGUGGUAGUGGAGGUUCUGGAGAUUUUGAAUGUGCUAGAGGAGAUGCUGGAGAUUUUGAAGGUGCUGGAGGAGGUACCGGAGAUUUUGAAGGUGCUGGAGGAGGUGCUGGAGAUUUUGAAGGUGCUGGAGGAGGUGCUGGAGAUUUUGAAGGUGCUGUAGGAGGUGCUGAAGAUGCUCUGGCUCUUUGUGGAGUGUGACAAAUAUCACCACGGUUUGUUUAAGGUUUAUAGGAGGACGUAAAGGUGCAGUGCAGAGUGCGACUCCUUUAACAAGCUCCCAGGUUUCGGCUCAACCUCAAUCCGAACAUCAAUGAUCCUGAGCUGCUUUCUAGAUUAAACACGCAGAUACGCUCACGCUGGAACGCGCACAGUCAGCGUGCCGUGUAAUAACCAUUAAGCAUCUAAUGAGUGAAACUGAAACAGCAAAUCACCGAUUAGUGCAACUCAGACAAAUGAUAGCGAAAGCUCCGAUUCAGGGCGGUUCAGCGUGGCCUA